GUGAGGAAAAACAGUAAGAUGCCGAUUCAGGUGAAGGAUUUUGUUUGGGAAGAAACAGAUGAAACGGUUUUGAUAACUGUUCCUUUGAAAGGAGUACCAAUUAAAAGAGUGGAUAUAUUUUCUGUUGAUGACUAUAUCAAGGUAUGUUAAUUAACCAGUGGUUUAAUGUAAAACACUCCUUAAAGAUAUCUUUAACAACAAAUAGCAACGCAUACAAUACAGUAUAUGAUUUCGACUGUUUAACGGAACUAAGCAUUAGUUCGUGUGUCAGUUUACUGUGAAACUCGCACAACCGUGCACAUCGGAAAUAUUUUCUGAAGUGCAGCCCCUAGUGGCAAAUGUUAUUGGCCUAUUGCUGUUAUGUACCAGUCAAAUCCAACUGGGACCUCCCCCCCACCCCCACGCGGGGCAUUUGCCUACCUUGUCAGUCCGGGGGGUGGGGCAUUAACAAAUUUUGUGUGGCCUAGUUGCCUACCCCAGGGCAACCCAGCUUUUGACACGCGUGGUUUCCUAUCCUAAUAUAACGAAACAUGAAGGAUUUUACUGGAAACACAAGAAGAGUCAUCUAUCAAGGACGUGAAGUGGUUAGGCUUAGGGUUGGGGGCGGGGGGCUGGGCAUAGACAGAUUUGACCGAUGUAUUUAUAUCUGUAACCCCUGGUUGAGGACUUAUAUAUCUUUUCUCCUCACCCUUGAAGGAUUCCAUAAAAUUGCAUUCACCCCUCAAGACUUCCUUAAAAUAUAGGGUCUACCCCCAAAGAAUAUGGGUUACCCCUGAUGAAUUUUGUGAAAAAGUGAUUUUCCCCUUUUUGCCCCUGAAGAUUUUGUUGAAAAUUAAAGCCUCAUUACUCAAAAUAACAAAGUACAACUGUAGACUGUGUCAGUGGUGUUCAAUGUGAACAGUCUCUAGUGCAAGUGAGAAUCAGUUGGUCAUGUUGCAUUUCCUUCACUUAUUUUUAACUGUUUACUACCCUUUCCAUUCGAAAAUUUCACCUGGUCAUUAAAAUUUUUGGUGUUUCCUUUAAAAAGGUAAUAAGUUAUUGUUACUACAAAUUUAUCUUUUUAGAUGAUUAACGUAAUGAUGUUGUCAAAGCAUUUAUGGAAGUAGUAAUAAAGUAUAAGCGUAACUGAAGCUGUUCUUUGCUGAUGUUUCCCAACUCUGAAACAUGUUAAAAAAUCUCAGCAUUGAUAAAAUCAAUAACGCUGAUAAAAUUCAGUGAAGAUGAUCCAAAAUUGAUAAUAUUGUUAUUGGUUGGUCUCACUAUUUUCCCCUACCAACUUUUAUUGACUAUUAAUCCAGUUAAUCAGCUUUUAUCGAUUGCUAUCAAAAUAAUGUUAUCAAUUAUGUUGAUAAUAAUGCCUAAUGCAUCCAACUUAGCUCAUAAUUUUAUAGCCAUAAUACCAAAAGGUGAACAUAAGUAGCCCUACUGUGAAAUGAAAAGCUAAAAAGCUAGGUUUUUAUACAGUGAAAGAGAGUUUGUGGUUAAAAUCCACACCCAUAAUUUUAUAGAGGAAUGGUAUGCAAAAUUCCCUUGUCCAAGAGAUUUUGAAUAUUCUUGUCAGAGGAUUCCAGACUCAUGGGACUUUGUGUUUUGUAUGCGCUAAGAACAUUGUUUGCUAAUAUUCUACAGGUUAGCUAUCCUCCAUAUUUAUUUGAAGCCUUCCUUUAUGAUGAAGUAGAAGACACCAAGAGUAAGGCAACAUUUGGCAAUGGGAUUAUAACAUUUCAUCUUGUAAAAAGGAGUCCAGUUCAGUGGAAUCACCUACUAGCUCCAGAGUCUGAGGACAAAGAUUUCAUGAAAAGAAGAAGAGAAGAAGCUAUCAAUAAAGCACAUGACAGAGCCAAGAAAGAAAAGGAACAAAAAGCCGCAGAAAAACGGGAACAGGAGAAAGUUGCACUAAGAGAGCAGAUGAAGGUAAAUAAUGCAAGGGUUACAUACAAUGUAUAGCAGGGUUUUAAACAAUAACAGAAAAAUAUUAAUAUUAUUCUUCAUCUUCGACUCCUUCGUGAAGCGAUGAUAAGUACUACUUGUGAUGUCAUCAACAGAGAUAGCUGAUGCUUCAAUAGGUCCAGCAGCUCCAUUGUAACCAGUUAUGUUCAGAUUGAGGACACUAUCAUAUGUAGGUCUGCAGUAGCUGUCACAACCUGAUGCGGAGAUCUUCAGGCAGGAUGUUGUCAGGUUCAGUUCACAUGCUAGUUGAAAAGGGGAGGGAAUUCUUGGGUUUUACCGGCUGUCACACACUGGGGAGAGACGGGUCGGGGGAAGGGGAUGAUGUCUCUUCUGUAGGUAGGAUCUUACUGAGGUGUUUGUGGUGACCAAUGAGUUUAGGUUCUUUUUGGUGGGGACAGCUUCCAGGAUUUGGGGCUCAGGCCAGGUGGAAGUAGGUUUGGUAUGUUUGGGUAUUGGGGUGUCUGUGUGUGGUUGAAGAGUAAGGGGGGACGUCCAGCUCUACAUAAUCACCGGAUGACCUCGGAGUCUUGAAUGUAUACACACUUGGCACUUAGCAGGGCAAACAGAGAUGUCAUUGGCGAUAAGAAUGGGUGUGCCUGCAAGGACGUCUACAUCUAAGCCAUCGACAACAAGGGCGUCAAGAGCAUGUUGUUUGUCAGUGCAAGAUAAGAUAAGGCAAGUCUCACCAAUGACAGCUACAGGAGUCAGACCAUUGGCUUGAAAGCUUGCUGGGAAGACUUAGUGUUUGGUGCGCCGAUGGAACAGGCUAGAGAAGACUAGAUCAUGCUAGUCUCUAUACCUGUUUUGAGGGUGAGCUGUGUUAGUUAAUGCCUAUAGAAGGCUUUGAAAAGAGGUGACUGUUUAGUGCUGAUGGUCGUGACGUGAGACCAACAUGAUGGGUGCUCAUCUUCAUCUGUGAAGAGAGGAGGUGAAUAAUCCAUGUAGUCAGGAUCUUUGUUGUCAAGAGUAGACAUAAAGUGAGACCGAGACAGAUAAGUAUGAUCCUCAGGAGGUAAAUAAGGGUAAGAGCUGAGGAAGGGUUGGUCAUUGCAACUGGCCUGUUGGCAAAGUGGGCAGGACUUUGGUCGCUUGGUAAGAGCCCAUGGCUGUGGAGAAUACUCAUGCGAAGGGUGAGGCAGUGGCUGUCUGAACCUCAACACUGUGGUGUGGGUGGUAUUGCGAAUUUCCUUGAGAAUAGAAUCAAAAACCUGGGAAAUUUUAGGCUUCAGGGAAGCCAUAAUCUUGGAUCUUAAUUCAGUGCUGUUUUAUGAGUGCGGGAAUGUCAAUGUGUAUGAGUUUUAACCAAGUUAAAACAACCAUAUUUUCAAGGGUGGGAGUCAGAAGUAAUGUUUGCACCAUGGUGAGUUAUGGGGCUGUUGGCAACAAGUAAGUUAUCUUCAGUGAAGGACAUUAAAUCCUGAAACAAAUCUUAGGGGUGUUCUUUAACUCUAAUUUGAUGUUGGAGAAAUCUAGGAAGUGUGCACCAGUAGACUGGAAGCCGUAGUGGAGCAAAACUUAGCUAUCGGAGCAAAACUUAGCUAUCUGGCCCAACAUGAGUUCAAGGUAUAAGUUUUUCUGAAGGGCAGUUCAUCGGUGAGUGGUAGGAAUACCUUCACCAUCAGGCUCAAGUCCUCUGUUGGGAGCAGUGGAUGACUUUUUCAGCCAGGUAAAACUGUCAGCUAAAAAUGGGGCAAAAUUAGCAUUGAGAGAAAGGGAAUAUUGCAGAUUCUGUCUCCAAGCUUUGAAUGUAGUAAUGGUUUCAUUCUGUGUGAGGGACCACUGCUUUGGAGCUCUAUUAAGGCCAAUUUAGAUGGUACCAUUUUUGCUUAUGACUAUCAUGCACGACUAGCAUAUGCCACAACUUCAUGUCAGAUCAUGUCUUGUAAAUUAGACCCACAACAUCCAUACGACACGUGUGGAUGUCGUAAGUGAAAAUUGUGCAUGUGUGGGUGGUGGAAAGUUGUGGCGUAUGCUAGUCAUGCCAAUAGUCAUAAGCAACAAUUGUACUGUCUAAAUUGGCCUUUACAAUUCAUGGUUUGACGAUACGAAACAACAGACAAGAUGGAUGCGAUGCAAACAAAUGAGAAGAGGAAAACCACUAACACGUUGCCGCAGGAACUGCUUGCUGGCAUUACUUGUAGAGGAUGAACAAGUCUUUGCAAACAUACUCAAAAUGCAACAGACUUUUUUCCAGGUCACAUUCCGCAGGCCUUUCAGAGUACACUUCAGUGUGCUACAGAUGAAUUUAUUUAACAGAAAUUAACUGUUUCCUUGCCUUGAUAUUACUUUUGAUGUGCUUUCUUAGAUCUAGGGAAAACUGUUUGGAAUACUAAGCCUUUGAUAAAACAGUGACCUUUGGAAUUAUAAUACCUGUAAAAGAAUCUUCCCUUGCUCAAAUGCGAUUACAACAAACUCAACAGAGAUACAAUUGUAAAAAGUCAGGUUAUUUCAACUGGCAAAUUAAGGGCGUUUCUUAGUGUUGUGGAAACUAUUGUUGGUUUAAAUUGUUCUGGGUGUGGGUAUUGUUUGGUGUCUUAAAUUCCGUCUUUUGUAAUGUCCUUCGGUGAUCGCACCUAGCUGUCCGCAACACCAAGAAACUAACAAAAUUAAUUUCACUGAGACUCUUGCCUCCUGGACAUUCUGUUGAAAAAAUACAUAUCCUUCACUUUCAAUACAUUCAAAUAAAUUAUAAACAUAAAUAUUCAAAAAUACAAAAUUCAAAAUACAUUCAAAUAAGUUCCAAAAAUUUCAAAAUACAUUCAAAUCAAGUUCAAGAAUUUGUCCUUCACUUUCCAUAAAAUAAUGUACUCACACCCAAAAAGCUGUAUGUUUGUACUGGAAGGGAAAGCAAGGUGAGAAGAUUCAGAGGUGCAUGCAGAGUUAGAGUUGAAAACAGAGUUUUUCUUUUUUUCUCUCUUUUUUUGACCAGCUUAACAAGCUGCAGAUGAGAUUUUUCUGAAAUAGCAAAAUCUACUUGUAGUGAAUAUUUCAGUACAAAUACACCUCCAUUAUUGUAUUUUGUAUAUUUGCAGGUUAUAAUUUCUUUUAAUGUAUAUGUUAUUGUUAAUUGCCAGAUAGAACAGGAAGAAAGGGCCAAAAUUGAUGCCAUAAAGGAAGAGGAACGUAAGAAAGCAACAGAGGCAAUUGAAAGAUGGAAAGAGAAUCAAAAAUUGCAUGUUACUCAAGAAAUAGAAACUUCAAAAGAAGUUCAUUUAGUUAUGGAUGAUAACAAGGACAGUGAACUGGAAUUCAAAGAUGAGAAACCUGAUAUUAAGGAGACAAAAGUUGUUGAAAGUGAUGGUGAAACUCAGAUGAUGACAAGCUAUAAGCCCGCUGUAAAAGUGCAACCAUCCCAUAAUAACAAAAGGACAACUGGUAUGUUUUCAAAUAUUUUAUUAAGAUCCAGAAUGUGCAUUUAAAUCAUUUAUUAAAACAUGAUCCUUUUUUUUUUGUUUUCCCUCUUGUCAUUAUCUUCUUUCUCCUGGGAUCCUUUACAUAAAACCUGAACUAAGACACCUAUUAUUAAUCUGUUACAGGUGCACUUACAGGCAUUUUGCAUAGAACCGUAGUUGUACUUAAAGAAGAGUAACACAUGCAUGAAAGAUGUUUGGCAGUAUAGCUUGAGAAAACAGCUGACAUUUGGUGACGCUACCACUGGUUUCCCUGCCAAAUAACUUCUGUGAAACAAGCGCAGAAAUUUCAUACUGAUGAUGUGUCACUACCCAGGUCUGGGUAGGGCUUCUGAUUGGUCAAAUCAAGUUUUCUCCACAGCACAACCAAUCAGAAGCACUACUCAGAUCUGGGUAGUGACACAUCGAAUUUCUGCUCUCGUUUCUCAGAGGUCAUUUGGCAGGGAAACUGGUGGUAGUGUCUCCAAAUGUUGGCUGUUUUCUCAGGCUAUUGACAGUGUUGAUAACAGCGAUUGUUACUGCUUCCAGUGCCAAGAAAAAAAAAUAUGACUCAAAAAAUUUGAAAACAUUUAGUAGGUGGUCGAUUGACGGUGACCAUUUCACCGUUGAAACUGCAGAUAAUAAUAAUAAUAAGACAUUAAUAAUAUUUAUAAAGCGCCCUUUCCCAAGGGUCCAAAAGGUGCUUUAUGCAGUUAAAAUUUAAAAAGUGCAAUCAAAGUUUAAAAUUUAAAAACCACAAGGAAAAAAAAUAAUAUAAGAUAUAAAAGACCACAGUCACAUCAUUAAUAAUAUUAAAAGGGCGCAUCUAAAAAGAACAGUUUUCAGCUGUCUUUUAAAAAUGUCCCAUGAUCCAGCAUCUCUAAUAUGCUGAGGAAGACUGUUCCAAAGAAGUGGUGCAGCAACAGAAAAAGCAUGAUGGCCAUGACUAUUGAUGUUAAAAGCUGGUACAGCAAGUAGAUUCUUCUUUGAAGACCUAAGAUCCUGUGCAGGGAUGUAACUAUGAAGAAGAUUUUUAAUAUACAGUUGUAAGCAGGAGCCAGUCCAUGGAGAGUAGGUAACGAUAAGUAUCUUAAAUUCAAUUUGGAGAUCAAUCGGGAGCCAUCAUAAAAUAGAUGAUUUUUUUAAUGUCUGAAAUAAUAUAAAAUUAAGUAAUAUAGGCAAAAAUUUAUGGUACAAAUAUAUUUCACUCACAUCACAUGCGGUUUCGAACCAAUACUCGUCAGUUUUUUCUGUUAAAAUAACGUAUUUUUUAAAAUGUUUCCUAAAUAAUACAGUAAAAUUAUGCUGACCCACAAUGGGAUUAACAUGUCAUGUAAGCCCCUCUAGUCAUGUGAUGCAAAAAACAGCCAGUUUGCCCAACAACACAUUACAGCUGACAGCACACUUGUUCUGCACCCUACAAAACUGCUUUGCUGGGAAAAUUCACAGUUUUUGCACUGUGAACUCUGUACCUAACAUACUAACCUGAGAUUAGUAGCUUUCAUAUACAUGCUGAAAUUUUAUGAAGAGUCUAAUCAAGGGGUACAGGCAAACCUACCAUGCUGGGCAAACUCAAGAUUUUUGCACUUUAAGCUCUGCACCAAUCACAACUUCAUUUCUGUCUGUUGACUUAAUUUGUGUUGAAAUAAAGUAUGUAAUCAUUAUUUUACACACCUUGAUUUUCCCAUCAUUUUUAAACAUGAGUUUAAAACGUAAAUCAGUAAGUGGGUAACGUAGCACAUUAUAAGAUACCAGUAGUAUAAAUUAAGCAGAAAACCUUUUCUUUCUCCUCUUACUUAAAAUCUCAGUGGUAAACCUCACUAACAUGCAGGCCCUAUAUAUAUAGGUCCUGUAAAUUUGUGUACUUUUGUUUCCACCAAAAAACCUUUUUUUACAACACUUACAGUUUCUGUUGCAUAAACAACAAUAAUAGUUUGACUUACUUCAUAAUAUUGUUAGUGCAAUCCUCAUUCAAAGUUGACCACAUUAUUUUAUGCAACUCCGGAAGAUUUCUUUUGAGGUACAGUGUCCUUCAGUGGGUGAAUUCAGUCCAGUGCAGUGUAAGGAACAGCACUUUCCACUGAAAGUUAAAAAAUGACUAGACUUAGAUAUGGCUGACAGCAUGCAGUUAUUGGCAGUGACGACAAUAAGAACAGUAAAAAACUAAUAGGUUUGGAAUUUUAUUUAGCAAAACAAAACUUUGCAUGUGUGUCAUGCUUUUUUGUUUAUUUUUCGCAUACUUGCACUACCAGAACACUGUUGUUGUUGAGGCUCCCUAUUAAUAGUUGAUGGACAUCAUCAUUUUAGGCAAGAAGAAAGAGAUGUUUGACAAACCAGUUCCAGAACCCAGAUCAGGUGGUUCUAUUUCAGUAUCCUUUACACCAAGAGUUUUCAAAACAGCAGCCAGGGAAUCUAAAGCACCAGAGGAGGAAGAGGUAGGUUUACAACUUCUUCAACCAAUGCUGACAAUAAUAACAUUCUAAUAAACAAAUUAAGAGCAAUAGUAAUUGGUAAUCUCGUAAAGAACAACUUGCCACAACCUUAGAUCAGUUUACUUAAGUUGACAGUAAAACUAACGAAGGUAAAAAGGUAAAGCAACCAUAUUUUACGUUGAUAACUCUUGACAGUGAUAACUGAUAUGUCUUCUGAUAUGUCGUCGUCAUUGACAGUCUACUGGGCUCACUCACUAGAUGUUGCUUUAAGCAUCUAUAAGCCAAUUUUUUAGAUACUCAAAACUCUCUUUGCAUUCACGUACGUCGUAAACUCAACUGGGUGAAAGGGAGCUUGAAAAAAUUAAUAAGUCUUGUCCAUGAUCCUACCAUUUGUGAUAAUGAUUAACCCACUGCCAGAGUGAGUUAUGGAGCUCGUAAUCAAGGUUAUAUCUUGUCUUUUGAGUCUGUGGACAAAAUCCACUUGUGAGGCAAUGAAGGGAGAAUCUGACCAUAUUAUCACAAAACUUCGUGUGAGCAUCAAAGACAACAAAAACUAACUGCAAAGUAAGUUUCAUUGGCUUUUAUUUUAAGUAUUUCUACAAAUUUUAGGAUCAUACAUGUAAAUUCACCCCAUACAAACACUACAAUUUUACAGGAUUUGUACUGUCACAGAGCCUGGGUUGCCUGUGCUUUCACAUGGUGUUUGUUUUUCAACAUUUUACAAAAUGAAAUUUACCAAUUUUGCUGAAUUUUGACCUUGGCCACCUUUGGCAGUGAAAGAGUUAAAAAGUUAGAACUAUUUUUUCAGGCUCUUUGCCAACCACUUCUGUUGAUCAUAUUGAUGUGAAAAGAUUCCAAUUUUGUUUUUUAACAUAGCGUACAUGUAUGUUUCUGACUUAAUCAGAAGACAUGUAGGGUAGGCUCAUCCUCCUACUUUUGUAUUAUUCUCAACAAUAUUUGCUUUAAGUAAGUUUUACAAAGCUCUGAAAUAUAUCUUUGCUUUUAACAGUGGCUUAAAAAAAUGGCAAGUGCAGGUCGCAAAACGGAUUACACAAACAGUGAUGCUAUUGAUAUGGAAGAAAUGAAUCCAAUAUGGCUAAAAGACAAAGGAAUGUAAGCUUACCCUCUCAUAAAAAUAUAUAAGAGACACUAAAAAAGAAUGGUGGUUAUACAGUCAAUCCUCCACUAAACAACAACCCCCCAUAAUGUGCACCCGAAAAUGAACAGCAAGCGGUUGGCACUGCAAUUUCACCACCUACAUUGUUCGCUUACCAUACUUAACACCUCCCAUAAGGGGACGCCUAGCCUGGUCCUGCAAGCCAGAUAUAUGAAAGGAAUUCUGUGUUCUGAUUGACUUUCCAAGCAGGGAAGGUAAACAAACCCUUGGAAUUACCAACUUCAUUCGAACAGGAACAAUUUUUCUUUUGGCCAUGUCACAAAUCCUUUUUUAGGAAAAGGUUGUUUAUUCAAUAAACUGGGGUUAGUAUGAUCCUUUUUUGUCUUUUUUGAAAUUGACCAAUAUCCAACCAUCAUCUUGACCUUAAUAUGCUUGUGAUGCUUGGACUAUAAUGAAAAUAUCCUGGACAUUUUUGAAAAGCUCAUGGCAUCUCUACCGAGUAGAAAUCUCCUGUACAGUGUUAACCUAAGAUCAGGCGUUAUUAUUAUUAUUAUUUUUUGCUUCUUUGCUCCUUUGGCUCGAAAACAGAUUAUAGAGACAAAGGGAGAGGGCAUGAUCGCAGGCUAGUACAGUGUAUACAGUGGAAGCUCUCCUAACAGACACUCUGCUUACGGCCACCUUUAAGCUACCUUUAGAAACCCCUGUUUUCCUCAACUCCCAAACAAACUCUGUAUUUUUACAUUCCCGUAAGCGGCCAGCUCCAGUUACGGACACCUUUUUCCCGUCCCGAGGGUCCCGAGGGUGUACUCUCACAAGAGCUUCCACUGUAUUGCAGCUACGUAAAAGAAUACUGAUACAUACAGUUUUCUUACUGAUUUAAUUUUUACAGUGGAUUUUACAAGGUUGGAAAUUAUGUGGCUGCCAUCAAUGCAUUUACCGCAGCCAUUGUGUUGGAUGGUUCAAUUCCAUCGUAUCCUUUGAGUACAAGCCUUUAUAUUACACUGUUGAGAAAAUGCCGAAGCAGUACCCUGUUUGAGCAAUAAAAAAAACCACUUUGGAUCUGCAGGUCCAGGUUCAAGCCUUUCCUUACCAAGCCUUGCAUUGUCUCCUUGGACAAGAACAGACUUAUAAUGGGCUGUCUCAGUGACGUACAGCUGGGGAUGGUGAUCCUGUGAUUGUCUAGAAUCUCUUCAGGGGAGAAACAGCGGUAAUAAUUAUGUACUCCCAGGUACCCCAUGCUGCAGAAACUGGGUUAAGGGCUCCAGCCUUGUAGGCCUGUGGCCCCAUGAGCGCUUUCUUUACCUUUCAUCAUCACUAUCAUCAUCGCCGUCGUCAUAAUCAUCAUAAUCAUUAUCGUAAUAAAUAGAACAUUACAUGGCCGCUUGGGCAAAUGAAAUUUUCUUUCUCUUGUUGAAAACUGUCUGACUCGUUCGCUGUGCUCACUUUUGAAAUAUUUUUCAACUCUCGAAGAGAAAUUUCUGCGCGGCCAUGUAACAUCCCCUAUAAAAUGAUACUGAAUGUGUUUUUUUGCCUGUGAAGUGUUUUUCUUAAUUUCACUCAGAUUAUACUCAAACAGGGCGGCUUGUCAUCUUCAGUUAAAACAAUACAAAGAAUGUGCACAAGAUUGCACUAGUGUAAGAUUCCAUCUCCUGUUUGUGAUAAUCAAUAACGGCCAUUCUUGUGGUUUCUGUAUUCUUACGACUUCCAUAGGCGUACGGACAAUUUUCGGCCAGGGGGGGCGGUAGACCAUUUGCCCAAAAAAUUCUUGCAAGUUGCCCAAAUUUUUACAAAACAGUCGAAAAGAAACGAGGGCUAUACGAUGCAACAACAUAGGCCGUACUGGCAUAUGAAAGUGGCUCGAUACAGUUUUUCAGGGUCAAUACCUACUAAGUUUGAGCAUAAACUACGUCGCCAUAAAUAAACAUUUGGAAACAUUGCCACCACAGUUGUAUUAGAUAAAGAUGAAAAUAUGUCGUGAUCUGGGUUGCAAUGACAUCGGAGUUGUCAAAGCAACGAACUGACGCCAUUACCUAUUAUACUUGUAGCAUUAUUUCUCACUGGGAAAUCAUUCUCGGGAGCUUUUUCCUCCAAUAGUCGCCUUGAUAUUCGUGAAGUUAAAACGGAAUCUGUAAGAGCGUUAUCGGGAUAUUUUGGGAUAAAGUUUUUAUCGUCAGAAAUACAGUAAAAAAAAGGAAAAUUUUGAUGUUUAGCCGUUAUCUGUAGAAAACGAAGCGCUUUUGACAUGCAAUUUCACCUUAUAGUAGUUCCAGUCUUUUUAAAAACGUGUGUGAAUUAUUUCAGAGUUAAUUCUGGUCAAUUGCUACAAAGAAGGAUUUGAUUAGUAUGUAUCAUGGCGCUCUUGUUAGCGGUUUUGUAAAAAUUUCGGUCUACUUUAACAAAUUAGUGAAUAAUUUAAAACGCUUGAUAGGUUUUUUAAAAAAAUUAAGAUUCUUCUCGUAUUAAACUGUGAAUUAGUCAGCCACUUCUUCACUUUCAGACCCAUUGCUGAUGCUAUCUGCCACACUCUGUUCUGCGAGCAGAGAUGAUUCUAGAAAUGAAGUUAGGCGGAAGUUUAUUGUAAUCAAUUCACGAUUGGAAAUAGCCCAUUGCAGUGAAGCGCCUAACGAUAAAAAAAAAAUCAGCAUAUGAUACCCUUCCCUUAUAACCAGAAACUCAUCUCGUGCUUGGCAACCACUGUCUCGUGUGAAUGUAACUGGAUUAUUACGCCGACUUCAGGUUAAAAUAGAAAAUAUUUAUCUCUUCAAAACACUAGUAAAAAACAUGGAAACGUCUUUAAAAGCUGGCUUUGCCCAAAUUUUCUCUUGCUGCCCAAAAAUUCUGAGUUGCCCAAAAAUUUGGGGUGGCUGCAGCCCCCCUCGCCCCCCGGCCCGUACGCCUAUGACGACUUCAAUUUGAAUCAUCAUCGUUAUUAUAAACUUUUUUCAGGCAUUAGAGCUCCUGGUCCCUCCAGUUCAAGCUAACUCUUCAUCCAGGUGUAAAGCUUAUGUUAGAAGAGGGACGGCGUUCAUGCAGAUGGAGGAAUAUGUGUUAGGUAAUUAGCUAAAAAAUAUAUUUUUUGACAAAAUGAGAAAACACUUUUGCCUGCGGAAACGUUCAAACAAGCAGUGCAGUGAUUGUCGAGUUUACAGUUUGUUCCAGAUGUUAAAAAUGAGCGUAUUUCCUAUCCGGCCUUCUUGUGUAUAUGACACUUUCAUUGUAAAUAAGUACAGGAUAAGUAUUAUAUGGCCGUGCGGAGAUACGAAGUAUUUUUUUAACACAAAAAGAGAAAUUUCGUAUCUCCGCUCGGCCAUGUAAUAUCCACGCAGUAUUACACACUCAGAUCUUUCCGCUGAACACUUGCAUCAGACAAGAUCGUGAUUAUCCAACAACUUUAGCCCACUCAUCGUGUACUAAAAUUAACAGUGAAACAGUAGACCUUCCUCUCAGGGACCCACGAUACACCCGGUCACAUACAGUCAUUUUCGAUGAUCAGUUUAUUUGCAUGUGUCAAUAUCCUUUGUAUAUCUUUACAGCUCUUGAAGACUACGAGUCAGCUCUAAAACUUGACCCCCAAAACGCGGACCUACGGAGAGACUCAGACAGAAUACGGAAUAUCAUUCAGGGAACCACGUAG